AGCACCAUCACGCUCUGUGCCAAACGAUGCUCAGAGGCCUCCCAAGCGGGGCCAGCCGACUUCUUCGUACGGAGCGUUUGACUCUAACAAGCGAAGAAGGCUCGACUUAGCUGGUGCUGCCGGUAUUACUACACCAGACUUCCAGCGUACGCACUCGAACUCGCUUCCCUCCGAUACCAAUGACAUGAACCCUUUGUCAGCCACCUGGACGAACGUCGAGACCAUGGUAGGCGACACACAAAUGCAGAAACAAGCUCGGAACAUGGCACCAAAUGAUACGCAUGGGCGGAGCUCGUCACAGCAGUCGAAUGGCUCAGCAGUGCAGAUGGGACACACCCGGCGUUCUUCGCAACAGCCUAGUGCCAUCAUGGCCGCGCCUCCAGUACACAAAUUCGGCAACAUACCAUCCCAGCAGCAAGGAAAGGCGGUGCAGAAUGGAGUUUCAGGUUAUACGGGCAGUCAAUCGCCUAGAUUUCCUCAACAUAACUUAGGCUUGAUGCGCACGUCUCCGCAGGUUGGUCGACAAAUGGAGAACGGUCAGCAAAUGAUUAGCCAGGCCGGAAACAUAAACUCGUACGAUGGGGACUUGCUUCAACAGAUGCAGCGGUCGGCUCAGUCGCAAAUACAGUCACAAAUGUCAACACCGGCGCAAGGGUCUAUGGGACGUACACCUUCGUACGGUUCAGCUUCUUUUAUGGCACCGCCUCAACCUCACGUCGCGCAACACUCUUCGAACCAAUUCGCACCCCUCAGUGGGCAAAACUGGAAUAUGGGUCAGAAUUUUGAGCAGCAGAACUUACCGACAAAUGGUACGGACCAGGGAUUAGUGGAAAACUACACUCCCACUAUGGAAGAGUUGGAUUCGAAUUUUGCCUUCGAUGUUGACGCACUUAUGGGAGAUGUUGGUGCUGCUUAUGCUGGUUCUCAGCCAGUCCUCGAAGACACAUAUGACGGCAACGAUUGGUUCCCCACAGAAGAGAACCUUAUUCAGACGGCCCUCAAUUCGACUCUCCCUUCGAACAGAGCGCCUCCGAUGCCCCAAGGCGACUUCCAGCAGCCUCAACAACGCGGCUACCAAACCCAUUCCCGCAAUCACUCACAACCGUACGAGCGUCGCUCGAGAGACAUGUCUCACGGGUCCGAGAGUCUCCAGAAUGAGCCCAUCAUGAACAUGAGCAGGAACGGUUCACGCCAGCCUUCUGUUUCGGGACGAGCGACUCGAGCUUCUUCCCGCUCUACACCUGGACCUUCUGCCCGCACGAGACACAAGACGCCAGGUUCGACCGAGCCGGGUCAAGUCCCAUGUGUGAACUGUUACCGUCACUGGUGGGAAGGCGAAUGCGACGAGGGCGAGCCAUGCUCAAACUGUGUUGCCACAGGGACAAGAUGUGUGCGACAGAAAUGCGUCAACUAUGCUGCCGGCACUUGCGACAAGGGCAACAAGUGUCCCAACGUACACGAAGGAGACGAGCGUUACCAGAACGAGGAGUUCCUUGUGGCCCAGACCAAGGCGGGCAAGCGGCCUUCGCGAAUGAGUACGAGGGUGGACGCGAAGCCGGCGCCGGCCACAAGCCAGCAAGAUUGAAUGCUUGGCUAUUUGAUUUACU